CAAAAAUUAUUCCUUUAUCUUUUCAGCUUUACCAUCUCAAAAUAUUUUCUUUUGUUCAUCAUUUCAUCCAAUCUAUAACAUUUAGUGUUAUCUUCCCCUAAGAAUAAUGGCCAUUUACAACUUGGAAGAAACUCCAGAUCUUUUCAUUACUCCAAAAUUUUAUGACAACGAGUUCGAAUAUCGAAUGGAGCACAUAAAUGAGGAGGGAGAUCGAAAGAUAAUUCGUUCCAUAGACCUAAGGAAAGAUAAGUUGAUCAUACAUGGAACAGAAAUUAAAGAAACUUGUUUUAAGAGAUUGUAUGAUUCUCUAAUUUUAAGGCCAAAGGCAGGAAUUAUAUACGUAAACUGUGAUGGAGCAUGUUAUUUUCUUAUAACUGGGAAGGGUUGUCAUAGGACCAUUCAUAAUGUAAUCUUUGAUUGGUCUCCUUUUGGAGUAACGGUACCAAACUCUGUCAAUAGUUCUUUAAAACAACAAUUUGAGGAAAAAGAAAAGAUAAUUGAUCUAUUAAACCAUCAACUUUCUUCUACUAAGGCUAAUUUGAAAUCAUCAAUGGAAGAAGUAGAGGAGCUCAAGGAACAAGUUUCAACUUGCAAGAAGGAACAAAAAGAUAUGGAAGUCAAAUUGCAAGAGGCAUGUCAACAAGUUGCUUUGGUUGAUUUUGAGUUAGAACUUUACAAGAUCGAGUUGGAGACAUACAAAAAAAGUGAAGAAGAGUUGUUUGAUCAAUUAUUUAGCUGUAAAGCUGAAAGCCGUAAAAUAGAAUUAGAAUUACAAAAGACACGGGAUCAACUUUCUUCAGUUGAUUUAGAGUUACAAUCUACUAAGAUCGAGCUAGAAACCUCAACCAAAAGCGUAGGAGAAUUCGCGAAUCAACUUGCUACCUAUAAAAAGGAAAUUCAAGAAUUAGAAAGAACCCUAAAGAGAGUAGAGGAAGAACAUUCUUUAAAUAACCUUGAGUUAAGGUCAACUAAGAAUGAAUUACAGUUAUCAAACAAACAUGUAAAAGAUUUGGAGGAAAUGCUUUCAACGUAUAAAAGGGAAAAUAAAAAUAUGGAAAUAGAAAUACAAAAGAUACAAGAUCAAUUUUCUUUAACUAAUGACGAAUUAGAGUCCACUAAGACAAUACUAGAGUCCUCAAGAAAACAAGUUAAGGAGCUGAGAGAUAAAUCUUAUAGUCAUAUGAAAGAACAACAACAUAUGGAAGUAGAACUACAAAAGUUAAUUGACCAUCUUAGUACAAUUAAUUCUGAGAUUAUAUCCACCGAUCAAAAGUUGGACCAACUCUUAGUUUCUAAGCUAUGGUUUGAAGUCAAUGAUUAUCAUCAAUCUCAAUCAAGCCCACAAGGUUCUCUGAUUGUCAAUUCUUCAUUAUUACAAGAUGUUCAAGAAGAAAUGCCGAUUGAUAUUGCGGAAGAAGAAAAUAAUUACUAUAGGUGAUCGAUCUUUGUUACGAGAUGGCCACUGCACUAACUUAUAUGCACUUACAUACUCUAUUACAAUAAAUUAAAGCUUACGUUCUUUGAAACUUUUUAUUUUGUUGAUUUUCUUUUCGUGUAAAGUAUUUGAAGAUGCAUGAUGAACAUGUAAUAAACAUAUGUUUAAUGAUAUAUGGAUGCGAUCUUAUGGCUUUGUUUGUAACUUUUUUUUUUUUUUUUGACAUCUAAUGUUUGUAACUUUUUGAUCCUGUUUUUUCCUUAGCUUAAAAGUAGGAACUUUUCUUCUCUGAUGUUAUCAUCAGAAAUAUAGUAUAAUAUACAUUUUUGUACCAAAAACAUUAUAAAGGUAGAUGCAACAUACAUCAUAACAUGCAUGCAAAUAGUGCUAGAUUAGGAUGAGAUAGUGGUUGUGUGAGAAUUGAGAUAGUAGUUUCUUAUCCGAAUUAGGUUCCUUCAAGUGAUUUUUCCUCAAGCACCCAUCUUUGGAUUGCAAUAAUUAUGAUUUGAGCAAAUCCUGACCGUUCGUGGUAGAAUGAACUUCAUACUUCCUUGUAAGAACUUGAAAUAAUCUCCCCUCAUAAAAAAAAAAUUAAAAAAAAAUAAAAAAAACUUGAGAUAAUCUUGUUCCUCCCCACCCUUCCUCCUUUCUUUUCUCAUUCUUGCAUUAUUGCUACCCCUCUCUUAAUACUACCUAAACUCAUCCUUAUUAUGAAAUACUUAUUCUUCUGACCGACUACAUUGCUCUAUAUAUAUUACAAAUGUCUUGGGUUUAUCUGAUAUAAAUUAGAUAAGUUGUACCGAUUGAAUUUGAUAUUUGUACACCGAACAACAAUAGUGUAUUGAUGCUGGCUUUUUGCUUGAUUGAUGAGUUUGUUUUCUUGUAAAAUGAUGUGUUUGCUUUCUUUGCCAUCCUCAAGAAGAAAAUGUGUAAUAAUGAAAUAGGUCACUUAACGUCUUUAGAGUCAUAUUUAUUUGGUCACCAUAGAAUGUCACAAUUAUGUAUUCAUCACAAAUCUUUUUUUGGCUAAAAUAUUUGCAAUUUCUAAACUAUAAUCAACAAAACAUGUGGAUAAUUAAUUACAUAUGAAAUGCACUUGUCACUAGUUUACAAUCAAAACUUAAUUGCUCUA